AUGGUGUGCUCAAUGAUGACACGUGCUAAAAUUUCACUUGCGGACGUGCCUGUAAGGUGUCUUAUCGUUUGUCUUGGCUGUGGCAAUUAUCAAGCAAAUGAGGCGCGCGGGGCGCUAGGCAACCGUGUAGCUCAACAGAUUCUCAGUACAUGUGCUCCCUCUCCAAGCGACAUACACAACCCUGACAAAAACCGCUUGCAUGCUCGUGAUGCUUUUGGACGGGCUCGUCAGAAGCAAUGCCCUAAUAAAGGUGAACGUUUUUUCAAGGACGUUACCGGCAAUGGAUUUGGUCGGAUUCGUGGUAGCAUGCGGGGUCCACAAACAUGGGAUUCGGAUCGUGUGGUAGACUACAUGGGGGUAUGGUGCGAUAGGCUUCUGUUAGGGGAAGAAACCAACCCGUCUCGUUGUGCUUUGCUGGAACCACAGGUGCCAUUUGUCAUGGUUGGAGAGUCGCUGGAGCGAGUUCUCUUAUCACAUCGGAAUUUUAAGGGUGCGGAUAUUAUUUUUGUGUUUUCUAGUUCAUGCUUUCCUUUUGGUGUCCUGCGUCUUGUUCCAUUCACUGACGCUUUGCUGACUCUUCCUAAUGGUGGCCCUUCUGCCUACCCACAUAGUUCCAUUGGCACGGUAUUGAACCGAUUAACUUCGUCGGGUGAUAAAGCGGCGGCGAUUGUGAUGGGGGUAGGUAAUACCCAUGGCCUUCUGAUCCCUUUAACAGCUGAGGAGAGAGCGGUCUGCGACACCCGCAUAGUGCCACUUGCCAGUUUCGCCACUGCUCUGUGGACGGUUAACCCGGCGAAGGCAGCGGAGUAUCUUCAAAGCAGCCCCAAGGACAAUAUGAGGCUGUGGCGUACGAUGCAGUCGUCUAUGUUGUCCACGCGGGACACAGCCGUGCUGCGCGCGUACGAGGGCGGCAGACCACUGGAUGCACGGAUGAGUCAGCAUCAGACGGCCUAUCUGGCAGAGACUUUAUUGUCACGCCUCUUUCCUCACGGUAACGAGCACUGA